AGUAGAACCUAUAUACAUUUUUUUAUUAAAAGGUUAUUUUCCAAGAGACCGAUCAACAUCGUCUAUUCAUAUAUUCGUAUAGAUUAUAUUACAGGAGUACUUCUACAUACCUUGUUAGAUAACAUGUUACAUUAGCUAUGAAAAAUUCGCCUACGUUUAAUGCUUUUCUUGCUUUAUUGUUAAAUCAUUUGGUCGUAUGCGCUUGUACUGACCCAAAGCCUAACGUGUUACAAUUGCAAGUCGUGCCAAUUACCAUUCAAUAUGCGGGUGUGCGCUUCCAAUAUAAAGUGAAAUUCAGACAUUAUGCACCUUUUGAAACAUUAACUCCAAAAUACUACGUUCGGAAUGUAAACACUCCAAAUAAAAUAAUCAAUUGUAAGUGGUAACAUGAAUCAUUCUCUAUUUCAUUGUGAACUUGUUUAACAGUGCGUUAAAUUGUGUAAUUGAAAGCGAUUAUCAAAGCUUUUAAUUUAGUUUUAAAUUGUUUGUUAAAUUAGACAUUCGUUGCGCAUACUGAUAAUUUUGACGUUACUGUUUAAGAACGUGAUCUUAAACAUUAAAUAUUUAAAAGAAUUUCAUUUAAAAUGUUGAGCAAUCGGCAUUCAACAGCGACACAUUGAAACCUUUGUUUAUAUUACCAAUGCUAGACUGGAGACAUAGAAAAAGAUGAAAAGAAGCAUUUAACAGCAAUACCGCGUAUUUGUAUAUUGAUAACAUUAAAAAUCAAUGUGAUAAACUUAAAUGGUGCGUCGCAUUACAGAUCGCAUCCGAGAUAAUACUAGAAGCACUAUUUAACGUGGGACAACGAACAAAAAGGAACCUUACUUAACACUUGUUUACAGUUUUGCAAACCCGGAAGUUUUCUAUAUUAAUUUCAUGGACAAGAAUUGUUUACAAAAGAUAUCAUAAAUGCUUUGAGAAGAUUGAAUUCCUAAUAAAGUAUGCGUUACAAUAUUUUCAUUGUGUUUAAUCAGUGCAUUCAUGAAUGCGAUUAGACGAUUAGACUUACUGUCAGAAAAAUACUCAAAAAAGUGAUUAAUUGCUUCACAGUUUGUUUGAGUAUCAAACUUUAAAGCAUAAACAGUUUAACGGGGGAGUAACAAUAUUGAUAACGUUAAUAUAUUAUUAUUUUCGAAACUGUGUGAUUAAUAAAAUCAUUAUCAAAUACAAGUGAUAUCUAAACAAAAUGUGUGUUUAUGCUUAUACUAAUGAGAAGUUACGGCUGUAUGCGUAAUUGUAAUUCUUGAACUGGUUUACUACAUUUAAGCAUAAGUUAAAUUGAAUUUGAAUAAAAUACCUUCAAUUAGAUGAUGAAAAACAACUAAAUGCUCGUGAUGUUGUAAGCUUUGGAUUGAUUCAGAGACUUUUUCAAACAUGGGAAACAAGCCUGCAAAACCAAAGGGUAGAUACCUAAGUGAAUUAUUAAGACAAUUCCCUAACAUGAACUUCGAUGAAUUGUUUAAUGUUUACGAAGAUUUUCAGGCGCAAUCCCGAGGCAGGGGUCGCUUAAGCAAGUCAGAUUUCAUAAAAGUUUACCGAAGAGCUUUCAGGGGAAACAGAGGUGCAACAACUCUUGCAGAGAAUAUCUUUCAGUCGUUUGACACGGACAACAGUGGUUAUGUCGAUUUUGUGGAAUUUCUAGUCGGUCUUAGUCUCACAGAAGCAAGUCUUGGUGGAUCGGACAGAGAAACACAGUUUAAGAAACUAAAGUGGGCAUUUAAUGUUUACGACAAAGACCGAAGUGGGACGAUCGACAAACAAGAAAUGCGAUCAAUAGUGCGGGCCGUGUCAGAACUCGCUCCGGACGAUUCGUUUCUAGGGAACGGCUCGGCUGACGACUUUGCAGAUCGCUUAUUCAAUCAUGUGGACGCGAACGGAGACGGAGAUAUAACAUUUGAAGAGUUCCGAAGGGGAGCUGAAAUCAACGAAACAUUGAUAGAUUUACUACUCCCGGCGCCAGCCAGCAUUCUGGAUCAGCAGACGAUUUAUUGCUGAAUUGCUAUUAUUGACAUUAUUAGGAAGCUCGCUAAAUACAGUGGAAUAAGAUGUAAAAUACGCAAAGAAGAGAACUUAAAAUUAUAUUUGGUACCGUCGGACAGUGGACUUGGGUUGUGUUUUACAUUGUUCGAAGUAAUUUAACUGAAAGUGUACUUGUACGUGAAGAUAGAGUAAAUGGAAUUUUAAAAUUUCUAAUAAUUCAUCAUAAUGCUGAAAUAUCGUCAACAUCAUUUCUCUUGAACACUGCGACAUGAACAAUGCUAGUGUUUUACAGUUAUGGUGUUUUUCAAUUAUUUCACACACCACUUUUGGAACUCUACUUGUAUACACGUAAAAUGAAUAAUUGCGCAUAAUGUAUUUUAAUGACAUGUUUAUACAAAUAUAUAAUAUAAUUAUUUAUUUAAGAGUCGACAAGAAGCCCGAGGCUUAUUGACACACUCGAUUUUAUUUCUGUUGGGUAAAAACAUUUUUAUGAAACUUAAAUACGCUCAAUUGCAUUUUGAGUCUGAUUAAAUAUAUUUUCAAAUGCAUUUAUACGCAUUUUUUGUUUUAAGCAAAAGAACAAAAAAUACAUAAAUACAUUUUAUGUGCAUUAAAAACAAUGUUGUAUGCAUACCAUUGGCUAUUUGUAUGAGCAUUGUGUCUAUCAAGGUUUACCUGAAUUUAAUCAAAGCAUUUUGGUUUGCUAUUACAUCCAAAUAUAGCUACCCAUAAAGUUCAAUUUAAUGAGAAAUCAAACGCACUAUAUGGCGUUUGAAAGUCAUCAAUUGUGAAAAAAUCUUGUCAACAAUGCAAAAUGUGUUGUUUUAUCGAUUGUUUUCAUUAAUGUGAAAAAAUUAAAAUUAAAAUAGAAUCUUGCAUAUACAAAAAGAUUUACAUAAAAAUUGGAUGUUUCAUUGGAUGUUUUAAAUCAUCAAUAAACGAGAACGUGUCGAUUCCAAAAUCAACACUGUUUUAAAAUACUGUUGCAAUGAUAAACAUACCAUAACUGUUAAUGAAAAUGUCAUUGAAGAGUGCUGAUUCUACUAAUCGUAUAGACAGAAUAUCGUACAAGAUACAUCUAGUAAACGAAAUGAACCGUUUGAAAUAUUCAACAAAAUGUGUAAUAUCCAAAUUUGAUACCUUAAAUAAAAAUCACAUAAUACAUACUUUAUAAUUAUUUAAAGAGUUGAAGGACUGUCAACCGCGAUUGACCAAAAAGAAGGUUCUAAAAUACCGUAUUUUUGUACAAUUAUAAGUUCAUAUUGAUUAAAAUAUCACGGCUGGUAUAUUACAUUACUUGAAAACAGUUGCUAAGAUUUCAUAUUUUCAGUAUAUUCGGUAAUAAAUUUUACUGGGUACAGGUACCAGGUAACUACCAAUUAACAAUAAAUAACGGAAGUAGAUUGAUCUUCAUCGUCACGUGGUUAACCCAGGAAUUCAAAUUGUACAUGCGUAGUGAUCAAUCUACUUGCGUUAUUUAUAGUAUGUAUAUCGUUAUAUCACCUAUUUUCGCGAUGUAUUUUUUAUUUCACAUCGCGAAAUGUUAUUACCGAAUAAACUGAAAAUAUGAACUUUUAUUUCAAGUUAUGUUAUAUACCAGUCGUGAUAUUUUAAUCAAUAUCAACAAAUAAUUGUUAAAAAAUGCGGUAUUUUAGAACUUUUUUCAUCAAUCGCGGUUGACGGUCCCUAUAAAUGACUACAAAUAUCUUCAUGCAUUACUGGAAUACUCACUCAAUCAAUUUGUAUUUAUUCUUAAUUAAUGUUUACAUUUUAAAUGAUAAUCAUGAUGGAUGUCAAAUAGCGAUGAAUACAUGCAACAUCAAUGUUUUACACAAAUAGCAUAGGACUUUAAGCUGACUUUGCAAAAUAAUAAUCCUAAAUUUCGCAAUAACUUGAACAAAAGCAUUCCUAUAGUAUCUUGAUUAUGAGUUUUUGACUUUUCAUGCUUGUAAACCCAGUUAUAAAAAGGCUUGUAAAUUAGAUUUUUGCUAAGAAGAGACUUCAUUUAAACGAAAAAUGUCAUAAAAGCGGAAAGUGUCGUCCCUGAUUAGCCUGUGCUGACUUUACAGGCUAAUCUGGGACAACACUUUACGCACAUGCAUUAAGCCCAGUUUUCUCAGAAAGCGGGUCUGUUAUUAACUGCAAUACAGCAGAUAACGAUAGGACAUAUUCUUUUCUGAAUGGCAUAAUGGGUGGUAAAAACACGCAAAAAGGGAAAUCGGAACGGGAACCCGCCGCCAUGUGUACUCCUACAUACCCAAUAAGAUGCGUGUUUAAUGGUUAAAGUUAACAUUGGCUUGGUCGAGAGCUAUGACAAAUAAAAGUAUGAUAAUGA